AUGGAUCGCAGUCGACCGAAUGUCUUUCACAGAGGCGCGGCCGCCUUUCUGGCGUGUUUCCAGACCCUUACCCUGCUGGGGAGAAACAGAGACGGCGGCCGCGGAGCAAACCUGAGUGUGGGAAUCCACACCGUCAGUGUGGCAGAAAAGGCGAAGUAUCGCUUGGUGAUCUGCUACAACAAGAAGAAACGCCGAACGGCCUGGAAGAAAGUCGCCACCCAUGACUGGGACUUUACAGCUGAGUUCGCAGAUUCUGUACCAGAAGAGAAGAAAAAGGUGAGAGUCGAGUUGCAGAGAAAGAAGAAAUGUAAAGUGAAAACGAUCGGGGUUACUACCCUGGACCCUACUCGGGCACUACAGGAAGACGGGCCAGUACUGGUGAAGGAUUGGUAUGUCUUCGAUCCACCCAAGAAGGGACGACAAGACAAGAACGUGUCUUUACUGGAGGCGACCGUAGCUGUGAAGGGUCUCAAAGUGGAAAGGAAAACCACACAGGAGACAGGUAUGAGGAGCCCCACUCCGCCUUCUAAGGAGAACGCCAAACCUGAAGUCCGCCCGGAGAGCUCAGCUGAGCUGAAGGCCCGUGAUGUGACAGCAGAGACCACCUGUCAGGCGGCUGGUGCAGAGAAACUGGACACGAGCGUCCAGGACAAGCUCCCAGCGCCAUCUAGCGGAGACAACACAGAGUGUAGACCUGCGUCGACAGGUGCAACAAGCGGCUCCCCGAGUUCAACCACAACGAACGGAGCCGGGGAUGUCAAACCGAGCCGGAUUCGUACGUUAUUCGGCUUUGUCGCAAAGAAGAAGAGUGAGACGAUCAAGUCCACUGAUGAAGGAGUAACAACCAAGGCUUCUGACGCUACAAACGAAGAAACAGUUGCCAUUGAAGGCCAGCUAAAGAGCUCCUCAGACAAGAAGGAGUCUCAACUUGCCCCGAAGACCGCCGUACAGACAGCUGAGGAAGAGAAACCGGGCGAGACCGGCCAGGACAAGCCUACAGUGCCCCCUUGCGGAUGUGUGGAGUGCACAAAGCUAAAAUCUGCGACUUCAUCGACAAACAGCUCUACGUCACUCUCGCCAACUAUCUCAGCAACAGACAAGUCUCUCACAAACGGAGACGGCGAUGCCGGCCAUGCCAAACCAAAGAGCGAGCGUCCAUCCAGGUUUCGCCAGUUGGUCAGCUUUAUGAAAAAGGACAACAGCAAGGCCACAGCCGAUCAACCCCCACCACAGUUCACUGACCCGCUAUGCCUUGACAUGAUGUCCUGCAUUCGUGAACUAUGGGAAGACCUGAUUCCCAAGAGAGCGUAUUCCAAAGAGUUGUUCGACUAUGCCAACACUCUCAUGGCUAAGCUGGAGGCUGCCGCCCCACAUACAAAGGAGAACACCAUCCUCAAGAACCUGUUUGCUAAGGUUCCAGACUACACUCACUACGAGCUGCCUGAGAUGGAAGGUUUGAGCCUACAGGAACUGAACCAGAUUCACAAGACAACUGAGUGUCUAUUGGAUGAAGAGGACAGGCGGGCUACGUUCAUCAGGCGAUGGUUGAUCGACGACAUCUGUCGGGUGGCCUUGGAGGAGGCACCAAAGGUUCUAGAGUCAACAGGACCGCCCUGAAGUUGUGUGCAGGGCUGAAGUAAUGCAGUCAUAAAUCUCUGCACAACUGAAUCGUCUGCACAGUUGACUUCUUUCAUGGUUGUUAAACUGUUUCAUGGUUGUUAAACUUUAACAUUAUGCCACAAAAGUACCAUAAUAAGUAACAAGCAAAGCAGGCAUACCUGGAGGAAAAAUAUUAUGCCAUUUCUGUUUGGUUAUGGCAACUGUGUUAUCUAAAAAGAAACAAAAUGCAGUAAUUGUUGCAUACCACAGUUUGCAUGUCGAUUUUGCCUUAUGCCUUGUAACUUAUGAUCUAGCCUUACCCAUCACACAAAACUGACAACCGUUAAACCAGGUUUGUUUGGCAGUUGUUUUUCUGCCUCUAGCUCUAUUCAGGGCUUGGUUUUUGAAAAUA